UGUUUUUCUUUUAACUUUCAGCCUGACAAAAUUCUUGGAGAAAUUACAUCCCUGUAGUUUAUGAAAUCGUCCAUCUUUUAGACCAAAUUAGACAGAGAAACAACCUUUUUAGAACUCCUACUAACCAAGAAAGAACUUCUAGCCUGCUUUGACCGGUAUUGAAAUAGACACUCUCUCUUGUGCCACAAUGGCAAGUUUUGGCAGAGGCCAGAGCAAUCAAAUGCGUACUAAGAGGAAGAGUCGUUUUCACGAUGCAGAUGCUGGAGGUCUCGCUGCAGGUCCACCUCUGAAUAUCCAGGCAGCUCUUGGGACAUUGUGCCAGAAUCCACACUUGGCUGGCUUAAUAAAUUCUGGACAGGGUCAGAAUUAUGGCCUUCAUGGUGCAGGACAGGGUCAGAACUUUGGCUUACAAGUUGCAGGAUCGGGUCAGAACUUUGGCCCGCAAGGUGUGGGACAAAGAUCUAAAGGUUUGAUGUCAACAGCUGGUGGGCCGUCACGAUACAGCGAUACUGCUAGCAGUAGCUUGCCUUCCUUGUUUGGAGUUAGAAACCAGAAUCCACAAUCUCAUGCUGUUCAGAAACAGAUUGAUGCAGACAGGGCCAGUAACAUUCUAGCUGCAUUUGGUCUUUCAUCCAGGGAUUUGGAUGAACUGAGCCACUACCCUGAAGAUAAGCUUACACCCGAAUCCUUGCCAGAAAUUCUUACGGAGAUAAAGAGGAGAAGAGCUAAUGAAGGAACAGCUUCAAAAUACAACAGAGGUGACGGUUCUCCACGACAUGACCGCUCCUACAGAGCCUCUCAUGAUGACUGGGAGGAAGAAAGACACUUUAGGAAACGUAAUUAUGCAAGUCGUGACUCCAGUCUUGACUCAAUAGUUGAAUAUAGUCACGGUCAUUCUUCUCGAGACUCAAGUGCUAGGUAUGACCGGAAGGACUAUGAACGUGAGCGAUUAAGAGGCAGUGAUGACUUCUCCAGAGAGGAAAUGUGCCUCUCUGAGCCCUCACACAAUUUCAAUAAAUUUGAUUCUGAUUAUGGAAGAGCUGCUCAUCUUCCUUCUCCUCGUACACAUGAGAGGUCUCUCUUUGAGAGAAAACGAGGAUCUCCUUCAUUGAACAACAUAAACGAUUACCAUGGUUUCUUGCCAGCAGUGUUCCCCCACUUGUGCUCGCUGUGUGAUCUAACCAUUCAUUCUGUACAGUUUUGGUACUACUUGCUGCGUAGUAUGCAGCCAAAUUAUAGAAAGGCUAGUUUAGAAAAGAUAUGUGAUCACAUAGGACCACAUGAAAUUGGAACAGAAGUUGACCCCUCUAGUCUACCAUUUGAUAAAGUUGUG